CGACGCAUAAAAAAGAUUAUCUAAAAAUUAUAAUCCAUUGGCGCAAAAAUGAAGAUGAAUUACUCAAUCGCCAUUCUCCUGAUUUUAAUAUCAGCAAGCAAUCAAGCUUCUUCCGCGUGCUUCAAAUCCAUCAUCAGCUUCGGCGAUUCGCUCGCCGACACCGGCAACGAAAUCCACCUCGCUCCCUCCAACACUCCUCCGCCCUCCGCCUCGCCGCCCUACGGAAAAACUUUCUUCCACCGCCCCACGGGGAGGUGGUCCGACGGCCGCCUCGUCAUCGAUUUCAUCGCUGAGGCUUUGGGGCUUCCGUUGGUGCAGCCGUUUUUCGGUGGCAGCGAUUUCGACAGCGGAGUGAAUUUCGCGGUGGGGGGAUGCACGGCGCUGCGAGACUCGAUUUGGGCGGAGGAGGGGAUCCAGAUUGAUUUGGCCAAUACGUCUCUAGCUGCUCAGUUGAGUUGGUUUAAAGAACUGUUUUUGCCCAAAUUUUGCCACACCCCUUCCGAUUGUAAGAAUUUCCUUGAAACGUCCUUGGUUUUGGUGGGAGAGAUAGGAGGCAAUGACUACAAUUAUGCAUUCCUUCAGGGGAAAAGCUUCGAAUCAGUACUAGCAAUCGUUCCUAAAGUUGUUAAAGCAAUAAGCUUAACGAUCAAUGAACUGAUCAAGCUUGGAGCUAAGACUCUUGUGGUUCCUGGGAAUUUGCCUAUGGGAUGUUCGAUUCAAUAUCUUAUUUACUUCAUAACCUCGAAUCAAACAUACUACGACCCUGAAACAGGUUGUCUCAACUGGCUAAACAGGUUUGCUCGCCACCAUAACAAACUACUUCAAACGGAACUUGACUUCAUCCAAAAGCAGAACCCGAGCAUCAACAUAGUCUAUGCAGACUAUUACAAUGCUGCAAUGCAGUUUUACCAAUUCCCCGAAAAAUAUGGAUUCACAAAAGGAGCACUUAUAGCUUGUUGUGGCAGUGGAGGACCGUACCACGUUAAUCACACGUACACCUGCGGUUCCAAAGGAUCUAGCACGUGUGAGGAUCCGUCGUUGCACGUGAGCUGGGAUGGCAUCCAUUUGACAGAGGCGGCUUACGGAGUAAUUGCAGAUGGAUUACUGCGAGGAUCUUUUACCAUUCCUCCGCUCUACUCGUUUUGUUCUCCGCCUUCAAUUAAUGCCGCUCCAUUUAUCCCCAUUACUACUACGGUGACUCGAAGCCCUGAUUUAUCGGUUGGAGGCGAAGCAUCUUAACAAAUAAAUUGCACUUAUUUUUGUUCUUGUAUCUUGCUUAAUCCUCGAUAGCAUUUAUUUUUUGUAUUCAUUUAAAAUGAUUCUAAUAUCUCUAAUCCCUCUUGCUUUCAAUUUCGAUCGCUAAUAAGUGAACUGUUUGUACGUAUAAUUAUUUAGCUUAUUUUAUGAUUUAGUACUCCUUAUUUGUUUCCUUA